GGGCCCUUUGAUGAAUUCCUGAAUAGUCUGUAUAGAGUUGCUAGCACUUCAUAAUGUUUCUGUUGUCCAUGUUUGUAGAUGACAGCCCAGGCACGCCUCAGACGUAUAUCUGAUCGAGGGUCCCCAGUGUAUUGAGACAAUCGGUUCUAAACCAAGCCGUCCAAAUUAUGUGAAAAUAUAAGGAUGAAGUGAAAAUUAGUAAAGCAAGAGAGAAUCUUUCCUUGAAGAAAUGGCGAAGAGCAAGUUUGAAUAUGUGAAGCAGUUUGAAGCAGAAGAUAAAUGUCUGCCCAAUUGCUGGAUAGUAAUCAGAGUUGAUGGAAAGUCCUUUCACAGAUUUGCAGAUGUGCACCACUUUGUGAAGCCCAAUGAUGACCGGGGUCUGAACCUGAUGACCCGGGCGGCCCAGUGUGUGAUGGACGAGUACAAGGAUGUGGUACUCUGCUAUGGACAGAGUGAUGAGUACAGUUUUGUCUUCAAGAAAAAUACAAAUGUCUUCAACAGACGUGGAAGUAAAAUAAUGAGUAAUGUGGUCAGUUUGUUCACCUCCUCCUAUGUCUUCUAUUGGCCGCGAUAUUUCAACACACAAUCUAUGCAGUACCCCCCAGCAUUUGAUGGGCGUGUUGUCUUGUAUCCUGGGGACAAGAAUCUCCGAGACUAUCUGGCAUGGAGGCAAGCAGAUUGUCAUAUUAACAAUUUGUAUAACACAUGUUUUUGGAAGCUGGUGCAAGAAAGGGGGCUAACUCCUGCACAAUCCCAGGAAAAGUUGAAGGGCACCUUGUCUAGUGAUAAAAAUGAGCUGCUAUUCAACGAUUUUAGUCUGAACUACAAUAACUUGCCAGAAAUGUACAGGAAAGGAACAGUCAUUAUUCAUCAAAAGGAAAAAGAGCUGGAUGCAAAUUCCAUGUCACCAUUGGAAAGGAGUCCACGGAAUUCUGUCUCAUUUAGUUUCCAAGGCGACUACAUCCCUCGGACACGAGUCCAAAUUCUCCACAGUGAUAUCAUCAGCGAAAAAUUCUGGACUGAACAUCCACAAAUUUUAGAUGGAGUCAAAAAAUAGUAAAUGUAAUGGUAGUGUGUGCUGAAUGGUGAUUUUUAUUUUUAUUUUUUUUGGAGGGGGACUUUUUUUUUAAUAACUUUUAAAAAUGAUGGUAUGUGUAUGUAUGGACAAAAAAUCAUUGUGAACUGUAAAAACUCAGGCAGCCAUUCAAAUAGUUUGCUUGGAAUGUGUCAUGAAUGUUGUUUUACAAAGUGGAGUGGACAUUUCUACAUUAUGUUUUGUACGAUGUACAUAUAGUUUAUUUCCCGUUUUAUUCAUGUUUAUAAUUAAUUACCAUUAUACUCAAUUACGCAAUAUGUACCAUAGUGUCUCUUAAAGCAAUGUGCAUGUUCAAGAUUGUUAACAUAAAUGUAUAUCUAUAAUGUUAUCAUUUACAAGCAUUGUUUCAUUUCUACUGUCAUUUAUUUAAUUAAAUAUGUAGAUAACCCAAAA